CGAAGGUCGCCAAGGCAGGAACUGUACCAGCCCUGGAACCAAGUAGCCUGGACCCUUCUCCCAGGUGACAGCUGCCACCAUGGGGGCUCCGGCCCUCCUGUGGCUUUCCCUGCUGUUGCCAUCGCUCGUAGUGCUGUUUGGACAAUCUCCGGGGACCUUGGCCCAGGCCCAGGCCUGCGAGGCAAACCAGACCUUUUUUCAAAUUGAGGAGAACACGAAUGUUACUGGGCCGCUGGCAAGCAUUUUCGUCCCAGAAGGCCAGCAGGUGACCCUGGGACCCUCAUCCACUCCUUCCACCUUCAAGAUCGUGGAGAAUCAGCUGUUUCUCACCGUGAUUCCAGAUUACGAGGAAAACCCACUACUGGAGGCAGUUCUGGAAUGUAGGAGAGGAAACACUAUGGUGUCACAGAGCAGUGUGUUCGUGGCUGUCCUGGAUGUCAACGACAACCCUCCAAUAUUCCCCUUUACGAUCAAGAAAUACAAUGUAACAGAGGAUACCAAAGUGGGUACAACCGUCAUUCCUGGGACAGAGCUGGAGGCCACAGAUGCCGACAAAGAUGACGUCCUGUUCUACACACUCCAAGAAGUGACCCCUGAUGCCAGCAGCUUUUUCUCCCUGGUGAGUGUAAACUACCCUGCUCUGAGGCUGGACCGGACCCUGAAUUUCUACAAGAAUCAAAACAUGACCUUCAAGCUGGUGGUACGGGAUACCUGGAAUGAGAGUGCGAUCCCCAGCCACACAGCUACUGCCACCCUGGUCCUGACUGUGCUGCCAGCUGACCAACGACCACCCUGGUUCCUGCCCUGCUCCUAUUUGGAUGACUACUACUGCGUCCAGGCCCAGUAUUAUGGCGUUGUCCCCACGGGACACAUACUGCCAUCCCCUGUCACCUUGAGUCCUGGUCCCAUCUAUGCUGUGGACGGAGAUCAGGCCAUCAACCAGCCUAUCAUCUACAGCAUUGUGACAGGAAACACGGAUGACACAUUUAUCAUCAACGCAGACUCUGGCAACCUCACGAUGGCCAAAAGUAUCCCCAGCCCCAUGAGCUUCACCCUGAUAGUCAGGGCUGAUCAGGCUGACAUGGCCCGCUACUCAGUGACCCAGGCAAUUGUGGUGGCUCGUAACGUCACUGAGAGCCCACUCCAGUUCUCUCAGAGCCUAUAUCACGGCACAGUGGCGCUUUAUUCUGGGGCUGGCACAACAGUGAAGAACAUGGCCUCCCCUUCAGAGAUCCUGAAGAUCCAGGCUCGGUACCUAGGCUUCCCGGUUCUCAACUCGGCCAUCACAUACCAAGUCACCAACUCCUCAGAGUUCAAGAUGGAGGAUGAUACCAUGCUGACCAACGUGGAUAUGAAGCAAACAGGAGUCUUCUAUGUGGAGGUAGAAGCUACCAAUAUGGUGACUAAGGACACAGCCACCACUGUUGUUGAGAUCCGAGUGUCAGAGGCGCCCUCCACAGAGUCCCCCAAGCCCACAGGAGCUGGAGGAACAACUGGGCCUUCGAGUAACAGCACUUUGGAAACCCCCAUGACCUCUGGGAACUCUCAAGGACCUAUCACAACCAGCUCCGGGGGAAGUGCUGGCCCAUUCCCACCCUCAGGCACAACUCUAAAUCCACCUGCCUCCUCGUCCAUACCUGGGGGGUUCCCUACUCUUGGAAUCAGCACUUCUUCUAAGCCAGCCACACCCAGUGGGGGCUCAA